GGAGAGAUAAGUUCACAAACGUUGGCGAGAAUACUCAGUGUGGCGUACUAUGGUUUUGUAACGAUUCAAGCAGUGUCCAAGUAGUCAAAAUAAUCUAUUAGUGCUAGUAUAAUCGACUGGGCAUCUUCCAUUUGAAGCACCCUACUUAGAAAAAGAACAGACACUGUUGUAACAUGAGAAAAGUGACAUUGCCAGAGCUACAGACUUGCUGCGGUUUCGUCUCUCUUCGCUCUGGAUCCAAACUAUUUGGUUUCAUCUCUCUGAUAGGGAGCCUGUUCAUCUGCUUAGAAUGUGCCUGUGCUAUAAUAUUGUUUCAUGUGCACCCGCAAUUCAUAACUACGGCAGUAGGCGCCUUGGCCGUGGAGCUCCUGGUGCACAUCGUCCACUCUGUCACUUCGGUGUUCUUGCUCUUGGGAGUAUAUCAGGAUAAACCUAACCUCAUGUUCUGGUGGCUGAUUACUGCCGUGCUGAUCUUCGUGAUGGAAACCUUCCUGUUGCCAUCACUACUGAUCCGAGCUCUGACUUUACACCUCCCUUUCGACAAGGACUACAAGAUGAUCUGCAUUACGUUGCUGAUGAUGAUUGACGACGUAUACGGAUGGCUUGUGGUCCACAGCUACUACAGGAAAUUGACUCCUCAAGGCACGGACGUGGUUUAACUGCACUGAACUACCACAAGGAGAAUUGUGGGGAGAGAGUUGAUGGAGUUGCCAUUUGAGAACAUUCACAAGAGGAGAAGACAGUUUGAAAAGUCUUGUUAGACAUGACUUACAUAAUAAGUCCCAACACAAACAAAUUUAUAACAUGUGAUUUAAAACACAAACCUAUAAGGUUAUCUUGUAGCGUGAACUAUGUAGAUAAUUUACUUGCCUAAAACUAACAUUGUAAAAAACCAAAACGAAACAUAAAAAGCUGUUCAGAAAAUGUUCAGUAUUAUGUAUUAAAUAAAGUAAUUUAUGUAUAUA